AUCAGCAAUCCAAAUGAACUCCUACGCCCCACAGGAUGCAAUUUCUGAGCAAGCGGAAACUGUCGCCCACAAGGGCCAUUUCUACGGAGUCUAUUUGCUCUGCAGCCAAAGUUUGGACUCCCGAUACAGGGGGAAGUGCUACGUCGGCUUUACAGUGAAUCCGAAACGGCGGAUACGACAGCAUAACCUAGGCUGCGACUUCGGUGGAGCAAGGAAAACCAGUCGCAAGGGUCCUUGGCAGAUGGUAAUGAUCGUUCACGGAUUUCCGAAUAAUAUAGUGGCUCUGCAGUUUGAGUGGGCUUGGCAACAACCUGCACUAUCCACCAGACUAAAAAUAUAUCCUGAAUUAAAACGUAAGUUACCCAGGGAGACCUAUUUCGACUACAACUUCAGGAUCCUAAGUAGGAUGUUGGGAGUAGGCCCCUGGAACCGACUGCCACUAAGUGUUCGAUGGUUAGAAACCGAUUAUGAGAGGGCAUUUAAUGUACCACUUCCUAACCAUAUGGAGAUUGUGAGUGGUAAAGUUUCCAUUAGUGCCUCACAACGAAAGAGAGCUGAUGAUACAGUUGCUCCAGCGGCUGCUGCUUGGGCUGCUGAGUGUCACCUGUGUAUGCAGCCAAUCAAGCAACCGGAAAGGUCCCGUCUAGGAUGUACUAAUCCAACCUGUCGGCUCACCUCUCAUAUGCUGUGCUUGGCCAAUUAUCUCCUAAGCGAUGAGCCAGGUCACUACAUCCCAAUUGGAGGAGAGUGUCCCCUUUGCGAGACCCGCCUCAGCUGGGCAGCUCUUCUGCAGCACAAAAGACUCCUUUCUGGUGUCCCUGAGGAGCUUCAGGAUCAGGAUGAGGAUCUCAGCGACGGUCCCGAUGUGGACAGCGAUGUGGAAUGUAUGCCGGAGCUGAGCGAUUAAGUUAAAUUUGAUACAAAUGCUUUGUCAUAAAUGGUCACAAAUAAAGAAAAUCUUUAAUA